AUGAUACGACUUAAUAGAUGGAGAUGGAAUCCGAACAAAAUCACUGGUUUUGUACCAGAUUUAGUUAGAAUCUUACAGAAGUAUUGCUUGUGGGAGUAUAUGGACAAUUUUCUGCAGUCUGGAAAUUUUCCCAGCAAAUCUGAAUGGAAGAAAACAGUAAUUGAGAAUAUUAAUCAUGCGGAGAUUGAGUUUUGGAAGAUCAAAACGCAACGUUAUAAACAAUUAGGAUUAUACAGCCAAGUCGUAAAAGAACCAUUGCGUAACAUGUGGCUGCAGUUUGCUCUCGAAAGCAGCGAGAUGGCCAACCAAGUGGCAAUUAUUGUUAAAGUUCUUUGUGGGUCAUUCUAUGUGAAUGGUGUGCGAUUUGCUGGAGAAAAAACACAAUUUCAUUGUAUGUCUUGUGGUAACUACUACACAAAUCCUGUAAAACAUGCUAUGUUGCAUUGUUGCGAAACACAAUUAGCAAGAACAAAAUUAUGGGAACGUAUCACAGAUUUCUUUCCAGUGGAAUUCGUAGCAAACAUUAAUUCGUUAAAUGAGGACAAUUUCAUGCAGACGAUCUUUGGAAACAUGCAAUUCAUGGAGGGAUAUAAUAAUAACCAA